GGAGCCGCUUGAAGUCGCGCUGCAUCCACACUCAAGUGGAGCAGACGCACCGGGACGCUGCUGAGGCUAAACAACACCAAUACAUCCACAUUCACCACUCGAGGGCAGAGAUGAAGAUGGAGUCACUAUCCGUGCUGUGCCUGUCGCUCCUUUUGUUUCAAGCUAAUUUUUCUCUGGCCAAGAGAGGAGGAGGCGGCUUCGGGAAGAGCUCCGGCUCCAAGAAAACCUCCACGUCCAACCGAGGCAACACCAACAAAAACAACGCAGGCUCCAGCUCUCAUGGUGGAUACCCCAAGCAGCCUGGACAACCCAACCAGGGAGGCUACCCUCCGCAAUCAGGUAGACCUGGGCAACCGGGUGGUUACCCCCAGCAGCCGGGUGGAGGCUACCCAAACCAGUAUCCAGCACGGGGCUCCCCAUAUGGUGGAGGUUACGGUGGUCAGGGUGGUUACGGUGGUCAGGGCGGUUACGGUGGUCAUGGCGGUUACGGUGGUCAGGGCGGUUAUGGAGGCGGAUACAUCAACCAAAACCCGAACAACAGAGUCCUGAGCCCUCAAUACGGGGGCAGCUUUGGCUACGGAGGCCACGGUGCUCGGGGCGGCUCUCCCUUUUCCCAUUCGGUUCAGAGAAUGGGCAUGGGUCCCUCCGACAGAUCCAGAGGGUUUGGACGCAAUGCGGCGAUGGCAGCAGCUGGGGGGGCUGUGGCAGGGAUGGCCCUGGGCUACGGGCUUGGGAGGUUCCCCCGGCCUCCCUUCAGCUUCCACAACCCCCAGGAGGAGCAUUACUACAACCACUACAUGUACAGGAGAUAUGGGGCCAAGUCCACGGAUACCAACGACUACGGCAGAGACUACAGGUACAGCCAACCCUCUGAAACCUACGACAGCUACAUGGACGCCUGCAUGAAGAGGACCGACGUUCUGCCGGCAGAGAAUCGAAAGCCGAACAACAACCCGGCUGCUACUACAACGACUGCGACCACUGUUGUCGCCUCAGCUCUGAACUCCAGCUCGGGCAGCAAAGCAAUGGAGACCAACGGCACUGCAGCAGAUAACUCCUCGACCUCCGGACCUUCCACACCGGGCCCUUUAACUCCUGAGCCUCCAGCUUCACGGGUCGUCAGCAGUGCCGAAGACGACGACGACACGGUUAGCAUCAUGGAGAUCGGCUACCCGGCACUGAUCGAGCAGGUGAAGGCCAGGAGAUGCCUGGAGAAGUACAUGGUCUACUCGGAAAAGUACCUGACGAGGCCGACCGACGGGGCGCAGCGUCUGGAGGCGGGCUGGUUGGGUUUUGCAGCCGUGGUCACCAGUACCACGCUGAUGCUACUGAAUAGCAACGUGCUAAUGUUGCUCCACUGAGGCCUUCGCUAGCAGUGAAAGUGAUGGAGGAUAGCGUUUGUUAAAAGGGGAGAGGAAUGAUUAAGGAGGGAGGACUUUGUUUUUUGAUGUGUUGAUUUCCACCUUUUCUUAAUAUUUAGGCAUCACAUCCUGAUGCGUGUGCUUGAAGAGUGCCGCAUCUUGGAACUAUAUGUGUUCAAGGAAAGGAAAGGGAAAUGGUUCGAGACAGCCAGCGUUGGAACAGAUUGCCCAUGUUUUCUUCCUCUGAGGGACGAAGGGACCCAAUUUCCUGUUCUUAAUAUUCUGAUGGAGGAGAAAUCUGGCCCAUCAACGUCAAUUCGGAGUGAACUAAAUAUGCUCUCUAGCCGGAGGAGAUUCAAUUACAACAAAACACAUAGUGCUAAAACUCCCCACAGUGUGCACUCUAUCGCCAUAGAUAUAAAGAGUGGCACUCCCACUUCACAUCUUUCUGUGCUCGUGAUGUGUUUAUCAGAAAUAAAUAUGUAAUUAUUUGGGGUUUUGUUUUGGGUGGGGGGGAUGGGUCUGUGUUGUUGUUUUUUGCAUGAGAGGAAAAAUCUGUGACGAUCUGUGUGAUAGGAAUAUCCAGGGAUGUGGAUGUCAGAGGACAGUCUAAAAAGUUGGGAAAACAGGAAAUAGCGGUCUGAAACUAUCAAUUUAUACUGGACUAUAACUUGUCUAAUACCUAUCAGUCUACCAUUACAGUACAAAUAUCAAUGCCCUUUACCCUUAUAAAGUGGCAUGACCAUUUGUAAUGAUUCAUAUAUUCAUUUCCUUGUAGCUCAACACAUAAAUGGGCUUUAAUCAUAUGAAUGAAAUACAUAAACUCAGCAAGAAGGGCAUAUUAUUAAAUCUGCCAGUACUUAUUUGACAUGGGCAAACAGACUCUGUAUGCAUGCUGUUGUGCCAACACGGUUACUUUGGAACCAAUGCAACACAAAGUGCGCUUUUCCCGAAUAUGUACUAACCGCUCUCCAUGUGCGUGCUGCUUAGUACAGUGUGUUGUAUAUUUUCGGAUAAUUUUUCAUACACUUGCGUCUUUCCUCUCCAUCCAUUCUAACGGAUGUUCUGCCUCCAUAUUGUGAAUGCAUCGCCCGAUGUACUUGACCCCGAGCCGGAGAUUCAUCUCCAAAUCCUACUGAGUCUUAUCUCACGUCGUCAGCUGAGUUUAUAAUUGUUAAGGUCGCAUAUCAAGCUAUGUACGGGAGAUAUAAUUUCUACACUAAUUCUUCUUCUUUUCUUUCUCAGAAGCUAAGUACUUAAGAUAAGUUAAAGGUACUCACUGGAGUUUUUUUUUCAAACAGGUACAAUUCAAAAUGUCUCUACAAAAGAUAUUUAACAUGACUAAUGCACACGUGGAUCACAUUUCCUAGCUCAUAAUUUUUUACCUGAACAUGGAUCCUGUGUAACUCCAACGUAUCGGAAUAAGCUGUUUGAGAUGAGAAUUCAGUUAUAGUUCAAUAAAAAAACAGUGUCACCUCCGUGUUGGUAUAUAAUCCUAACAUUACUGUUAAAUGUGACGUUUUGGGAUCAAUAUUACUGGACCAUUAAAGUAUAUGUUGACUUUUACUUUGUUAUGUUAAUUUAAACUUAUUUUCCUUUGGGUAGUUAAAUCCAGAGUGCAUCAUAUUCGAAAAAAAAUCAUAUUUGUCGAGUCCCUAUUUAAACAGCCUAUUUAGGGGACGUUUCUCAACCCACAGAAGAUCCUUCAGUUUAUCAGAAAAUAAGGAUUUAAUUGAAAAUCCCCAAAUGUGGAGGUGUACGUGGUUUCCCACUAGACAGUAAAGGAGAUGAUGAAUUGUCAUCUGGAAAGGUGACUAAAGCUGUCAGACAAACGCAGUGGAGAAAAACACUUUUUUUUUUAUUGAACGAAAAACCCAAACAGUGUACCUUUUUAAUGUGCCGUUUCAUGUAUCCUGUCAACUAUGAAUGUAUUGAGAAUGCAGAUGUAUGCCUUUUUACUGUGAGGACUCCCAUUCACUGUCCUGCUGCAGCUCCUGCUGAAUAAUGACGGGUUGACUCAACCCUUUUUUUGAUUUGUCUUGUCUAAUAAACUUCAACUUUACUAAUGUGCA